UUUCUCGCAAGGCCAUAUGUGAAUCAGGGAGCCAUCCGCAACGCCCACCCUCCUCAUUGUCAAGAUCCUCUCUGCACGUGCUGAGGGAAGGAAAGGAACCGGGGAUUCUUAGCCUGGAGACCUUGUUUCGUCGAUGGAUUUGCGGAUCGCGGACUCCGCUGAGUAUACACUGACCAAGCUGAUGGAACAGUCACAGCGGGCUGAAGUUGCGGAACAAGCCGAGGUGCAAUUGGAUGCAGUGCACCUCGAACGCGAGUCCCGCCAUGGUGUCGUAACGGGCAGCGCAUGCCAACUACGGGCUCCCUCUAUAUAAGCAGGCCAUCUUCAGCUGCUCAUCCUCCAUUCCGCAUUCUCUUCACCAAGUUCCCUCUCCGACUUAACACACCCAACAACCUUCUUCACUCAAGAUGUUCGCCGCUGCCCUUGCACUCUUCUCCGCCGUCGCCCUCGUCAACGGCGCCGGCCUCAAGUCCGCCUCGACCUCGCCGUACGGCCAGAGCGCGGGCAACUUCACGCUGCACCAGAUCAGUGAUGCAGCUUACGUGCUCGACGCGGGCAAGGCCGUCGACCUCACCAUCUCAGCCGUCGUCGAGGGCGACGCGCUCAAGACGCUGUGCCCGACGGCUGGGCUCGAGGCCGCGCUCGUGCCCGUUGCGGGCUCGAACCCGGCGAACUACACGGUCACGUUCGUGAGCUCGCGCGACGGGCUGCCGGAGGGGACCGUCUUUGGCGGCUGGAGCCUGUCGGACGACAGGAUCGGGCUGUCGAACCCGAACUUCCAGAAGGUCGUGAACUCAAUCGGCGGUGGCGAGGGCAAGUUCGAGAACGAGCGCACGGCGCUGUACGGUGAUGAUGUGUUCGCCUUUACCUGGGUCGAUGCGCCCUACCUCCACAACGGCGCGUACUGGGGCUCGUACCUCGUCCUCGACAACGCCAACGACGUGUCGUGCUAAGCAGGUCAUUCUAACCUCUCUUGCAUUAUCGAGGAUAUCUUCUUAGGGUUGUUAUGU